AUGAUUAUUGAUUUAUUCCGAAGUAAACAAAUAAAUGAGCCAAAAUCGGUUAAAAUUUUUCGGAUUUUUAUUGUAGGUAUAGCUAUAGCAUUAUUAAUUGCUAUAUUUAUAAUAUUAUGUGUUGAAGUGAUUGAAGAGCAGCCUAGCAUUAGAACGACCUAUACCGAAGCUGAUAGUCUGCCCUUACCAAAUAUCUAUUUUUCUCAUACUUAUAAUUUUACUAUCUACUGUGCUUUUAUUAAUGACUUAACUACUCAAGCUGGUAGUGAUUGUGGUGAUUCUGUCGCAAUAAGUGGGAGUGCUCCUUAUUUUGGAGGGUUCUCAUCAAAUUACAAUGUAACUUCGGCUACUGGUAGCACUCAAUUUGACCUUUUUUUCUAUAUCACUGACCCUGGAUAUAACGCUUCCAACCUAAGUAACUCUAUGGUGAUGUUCGCAUUUGAUAGAGAAUUUGAUAUUUAUAGUGGAGAUUUUAGUGGUACUCCAACUCCAUUUGAACAAUCUCUUUCUGAUAAAAAUGAAUAUUUUUUAUCACAACCUACAGAGGAUAGAAUUGUUUUGAGCCUGCUAGGAAUUAUUGGUGGUAUUUGGAGUGCUUUGACUGCUUUUUAUAUAUUUUUAUUUGGACUCGGUUUAAUUUCUCCAUGGGGUUUUGUACAAAGAUCGAAGCCAUUUAAAGAUCAGUAUCAAAAAGACAUUAUAACAACUACAUUAGAUUUAUCCGAUAAAAAAGAAAAGCUUAAUAAUGAAGAACAUGAGAUUUCCUUGGCACAAAAACGACAGGAUUAUGAUUUAGAAAAGAGAGUUGAACGUUUGGAAAGUUUUAUUAAAUUCUAUGGAGAAUAUGUUAUUGAUACUUCAUUUUUAACUUCUGUUAACAUGGAUUCAACUCCUGAAGAAAGAUAA